AAUAAAACAAGCAAGCAAGCAAGCAACCAAGUGAGAGUGAGAAGCAAGAAUAGUCUUGUAGGAGUGUGAGUGAUCUAGAGUUUGUCUCUAGAAAGUGAGUGAGUGUCAUUGCUUCUAAAGUUGUGUCUUUGAGUGUUUUGAGUGUUGUAAUAUUUUGUGAGUGUAAUACAAGUAAUUUGUUUGCUUGUUUUGUCUCUCCAACACUUGUGUUAGAGUUGUGUACUCUAAGUUCCCAACAGUGUAGUUAUCAUAAUUGAUUGCCUGGACAUGGUAUUUUCCUGAAUACAAGUACAAUACUGUUCGAUUAUUCUCACAAGACAGGUUAUACCAUUGGUCACCACAGUUGUCCGGGUCAUGUUUCAGUCGGAAGGGGUAGCUUAUGUUGGUGAUGAUUCCACAGGAAGAAGGUGCACAGUGAUGACGAUCAUCCUUAGCACUGCAAACUACACAGAAAAAGCCAACAACUAGAAAUACUGUGAAUAAACUCGAUGUAAAGGGUAGCACUCUUAUGGCAGCCAUGGUGAGAGAGAGGAAACCGGAGGUUUCAAAUGCUAAUAGCUUCCUCAGUUUGUGGUUAGGAGUAGAUGAUUGUGAACUUCAUUAACUACUUAUAAGCACAUGCAAGACCCUCCUUUCCUCGAUGUGAGAUUCAUUUCUGAUGUGGAAUUAAGGGCCAUUGACCCUCUCUUUAGUUCAUGAGCACAAGCCAGGCUACAAGAGGACGUGCCGAAGAUAUAUAAAAUAUAAAGUAGAAACUUCAUCGAAAUUACAAUAAUCCAAAUUUACUAAGUCAAAAACACAUACUAUAUUCAAUAUCGGUCUAGACGUGAAGUAGUGAGUAAAAUAGACAAAAGGAUUGUUCCUUACUUUUGCGAAAGGGUACAACGAAUUAGUGAUCAAAUACACAAAAUGAUGCAUUUUGGUGUGGAAAGUCAGCAAAGGGAAGAACUCUUCUGGGGAAAUGUAUUUUGAUGUGGACAGCCAGCAGUUCAGUCUUAAUCUGCUGAAAAGUCUGCAAAUGGAAGAAGAACUCUUCUGGGUAAAUGUAGGAAAACUCUUCCAGGGAAGCCAAGACCAUACAUUUUAUUUUAGGUAGAUUUUGGGAGAGUAUGAGAAAUUCUGGUGUAAACUCAAACAUGACAAUCUCUUUCUUCAUCCUGUUGUUCACGGUAGGUCUCAUUAUUAACCUUGGAGCAUGCCAAAAUGAGUGCACAGAAUCACACUGCGGAGACUAUGGCCCGCCUAUCCGAUUUCCAUUUCGACUCAAAGACAAACAACCAAGCCACUGUGGCUAUCCUGGAUUUGAUUUAUCCUGCGAUCGAAGCAACAACACGGUGCUUGAGCUGCCAGUUUCCAUUACGCUCUUUGUCACUAGUAUUAACUACAAAUCUCAGGUGAUUCAAGUAUUUGAUCCAGAUCAUUGUGUUCCUAGACACCUUCCGAAACUUAAUUUAUCUUCCUCUGCUUUCAUAUUCCAAGAGCCGUACCAGUGUGACUAUACCUUAUUUAAUUGUUCACCAGCAAAAAGAGAUCUAUAUUAUGAUUCAAUCCCUUGCCUUAGUGGGACUAGCCAUCACAUAUUUUCUAUACCUUCAGAUAGUUUCGUUGACAGUCUUCCCCUUACAUCUUGUACCAAGUUGUACAACCUUCCAUUCAGUGUUCCAUAUGAUAUAUUCGAACCAAAUUAUUUUCUUCGUUUGGAAUGGUCCAAACCAACAUGUAACCGAUGUGAAAGGAGAGGUAAAGGAUGUAGACUGAAGAACAACAAUCGCACCAACUCCGAAACUGAAUGCUUCAAUGUAAAGCGAAACGGUACUGUGAAAAAACUAGUUGUUACAGGUGCAGUCCUUGGUUCAUUUUCACUUGUGCUGAUACUUGUCGGACUCCAUCGUGUAUAUACUUUUGACCGAAAAGAAAAGGAGCGGCAAACCAUGAUCGAAGAAUUUUUGGAAAACUACAGAGCUCUCAGGCCUACAAGGUACUCAUAUGCAGAUAUCAAGCGGAUUACAAAUAAAUUUAGAGACAAGUUGGGACAGGGAACAUUUGGAACAGUGUUCAAAGGAAAGCUUUCGAGUGAGAUCUUUGUUGCUGUAAAGAUGCUCAACAAUUCCAAAGGAAAUGGAGGAGAGUUUAUCAAUGAAGUGGGAACAUUAGGUCGGAUCCACCAUGUUAACGUGGUUCGCUUGGUUGGAUAUUGCGCUGAUGGAUUUAGGCGAGCCUUAGUUUAUGAAUUUGCACCAAACGGUUCGCUGCAAAAUUUCAUAUCGUCAGCAGACAGCAAGAACCAUUUCCUUGGUUGGGAGAAGCUGCAACAUAUUACUAUCAGAAUAGCCAAGGGAAUUGAGUAUCUUCACCACGGAUGUGACCAACGAAUCCUUCAUUUCGAUGUCAAACCUCACAAUGUUCUAUUAGAUGACCACUUCAACCCAAAAAUCUCGGAUUUUGGUCUUGCCAAGUUGUGCUCCAAGGACCAAAGCGCAGUUUCCAUGACAACUGCUAGGGGUACCAUGGGAUACAUUGCACCGGAAGUGUUCUCAAGGAACUUUGGUACCGUGUCUUACAAGUCGGAUGUUUACAGUUUCGGAAUGUUGUUACUUGAAAUGGUAGGGGGCAAGAAAAAUGUUCAAGUCACAGAGAAGAAUACCGGGCAAGUUUAUUUCCCCGAAUGGAUCUAUAAUCUUCUGGAACAAGGGGACGACAUACGCAUCCAUGUUGAGGGAGAGAAUGAUGCUAAAAUUGCCACAAAACUUGCAAUUGUGGGGCUAUGGUGCAUCCAGUGGUAUCCAGUAGACCGUCCUUCAAUGAAAGCUGUCGUUCAAAUGUUGGAAGGAGAAGAUAACGUAAAAUUGCCUCCUAAUCCUUUCUCCCCCGCUGGUUCAGUAAGGAACGGUAUCACUAUGCUUGCAAGACGCCAUCGCCAAGAGUUACCAGUCAUCUCCGAAUUAGAAUGACUGGAAAUGAUUGAUCAUAAUUGCCGCUGUGCUGCAACUUGUAAUCACAUUAAAUAAAUUAGAGUGUUGAGAAUAAAUUGGUGAGAACAUAGACUCAAAUUGGAGGUCAAAAAUAUCGAAAAUCAGUGUGUUUGUGUAAUACAUCUAUCCUAUCUCUUAGUUAUUGCUGCUUUCAGUUUUCUCUUGCUUAUAUAUGUUGCAUUCAUAGCCCGAUUGCUUAUAUUGCUUACGAACUCAUCCUAGUUGA